AUGACGGACGCCCACACUACUCGAACGAUCGUCGGAAUCCUCGGAAACAUGAUAUCUUUCGGCUUGUUCUGCGCUCCAAUACCAACGAUAGUGAAGAUAUGGAAGAUGAAAUCAGUGUCGGAAUUUAAGCCAGAUCCUUGCGUAGCUACGGUUCUAAACUGCAUGAUGUGGACUUUUUACGGACUUCCUUUUGUGCAACCCGAUAGUCUCCUAGUCAUUACCAUUAAUGGAACUGGUCUUGUCAUGGAACUCGUUUAUGUCACCAUCUUCUUUAACUUCGCUACUUCGCCUAUCCGCAGAAAGAUCACAAUAGCUAUGAUGAUUGAGGUGAUAUUCGUGGCGGUGGUGAUCUUCUGCACGUUGUACUUUUUGCCUACAACAAAACAGAGAUCUAUGCUUAUUGGGACCUUCUGCAUUGUUUUCACUAUUAUCAUGUAUGCUUCUCCUUUAACCGCCAUGAAACAUGUGAUAAAGACAAAGAGCGUGAAGUACAUGCCGCUCUUCAUGUCAUUAGCAAGCUUAAUGAACGGAGUCGUUUGGGUUAUUUAUGCUUGUCUUAAAUUCGACCCCUAUAUUUUGAUUCCAAAUGUUGUUGGAUCAAUAUCAGGAAUAGUACAACUUAUAUUAUACGCAACUUACUAUAAAACAACCAACUGGAGCGAUGAAGAUGAUGUUAAAGAAAAGGGCUACUCAAAUGCUGAAGUAGAGCUUGGCCGAGCUUGA